AUGAUGUUUGGCACUGGUUUAUUCUGGGUGCUAGGCCAAUCAAGUCUGGGGCAUACGCAUCCGAUCGAACUGUUGAUACACGAAGCCGCAAAGAGUCAUGACAUGUGGCUGAAGGCGGCCAAGGAGAGUAGUACUUUGGCAGAAGCUGUUCAGCAAUAUCGUUCGAGAUACAAUCAAAAUCCCCCACCGGGAUUUGAUAAAUGGUAUGACUAUGCCGUAAGCAGGUCUUCGGUUACAAUUGACGAAUUUGACGGCAUAUACACAAACCUUCUUCCGUUUCGCGCCUUAGCACCCCACGAGAUUCGAACUAUGACCCAGAAGCUAGCAACAAACCCAUUGAAUGACAUUGGCGCACUGAGUAUUCGAAAUGGCACGGUUAGGGUGCAAGAAGGCAUUAAACCGACACAUGCUUGGAUGGUUCAGAGUGCGGGCAAAAUGAUCGAAAACUUCUCCGAACAUCUUCCUGAUAUGGACUUGGCUUUCAACCUGGACGAUGAGCCUCGCGUUAUAGCUCCUUGGGAAAAGAUCGCCGAGCUUCACGACCGGGCAAAAGCGCAACAACUACCACCUGAUGAUGACAUUUCAGGCGAAUGGACGGCGGAUCGCGAUGCAACCUGGGCGCCCAUUGAACCAGCCGACCAAACACCAGAGACCAUGUUUAUCGACCGUUCGUUUCAGAAAGUAUGGGACGCUUAUGUUGCCCCUGCUUGUCCACCUAGGUCAAAAGCCCGAACAGAACGUGUCUGGGACAGGCAAGAUCUCUGUAUUGGAUGCAUCCGCGCGCAUUCAAUGGGCCAGUUUCCGACGAAUUGGGGGAUCACGUCCGAUGUCUGCCAUCAACCUGAUCUCGCUCAUAUGCAUGGGCUCUUUCUAUCGCCUGCAACAUUCAGAAUCACCCAGGAACUAUUACCUGUCUUUAGCCAGAGUUCGACAUCCGUCUUCAGCGACAUUUUAUUCCCGAGCCCCUGGAACUAUGUCGAUAAAAUCAAAUACGGACCUUCCGAUGAGCAUCCCGAUCCUAGGUACACGGAAAAAGAGAACACCCUCUUCUGGAUCGGUAGCACGACGGAAGGCGUAAGUCACGAAGGUAGAUGGAAAGGAAUGCCGCGGCAGCGCCUCGCACACUUGGUCAAUAACAACACAUAUACGCACGUCUCGGUUCUAUUGCCCACCGAGGAACCGAAAUCGCAUUCAUACCAGAUCUUCGAUGGUAUGGCACCCACCCAAGUUCUCGGCCUGAACGCUUCCAUAAGCAUUACGGAUCCCAUUGUCCGCUGCCGGAACGAAGACUGUACCGACCAAGAGGACGAACUCGGCACUGGCGGCCGGGUCGAUUUUCAGGAUCACUGGCAGUAUCGCUACCUCUUUGACUCGGAUGGCGCCGGCUUCAGCGGCCGUUUUCUCCCUUUCCUGCAGAGCCGUAGUCUCCCGUUCAAAACCGGUUUAUUCAGACAAUGGUUCGACUCGCGCGUCACGCCCUGGCUGCAUUACGCCCCCAUCGAUGUCCGCCUACACGGAUUAUGGAGUACUCUCGCUUACUUUGCGGGCGUUGAUGCCACGGUUGAUGGACGUAAAGUCGAGAUGAAGCGACAUGAUAUUCAAGGCCGAUGGAUUGCCGAAGAAGGCCGCAAAUGGGCGAAGACUGCCUUGCGAAAAGAAGACAUGGAGAUCUACUUCUUCCGCCUUCUAUUAGAAUGGGGUCGGUUGACUGAUGACAGACGGGAUACGCUGGGAUUCAAACUCUCAUCCUGA